UGCACAGUGGUUCCCCCAGAGGCCAAAAUUCAAAAAAUAUGAACCAGAAUAGAUUUGCGCAAAAAAAAGCUAACGGGACUUUCUAAAAAUAGAAUUGAAGUCGCAAGCACAAGCUCAUUUGCGAAGCGUAGUUGGACGAAUUGCAUUCUUCUUAAUAACAGAGCGAACUUCAAAAAGGUAAAGCGUCAGUAAUACUUAUCUGAUUGAUAUAAUUUAAAAUGCAGUUUAAAUUUGAAGGUAUUUACUUUUAUAAAUUCAUUAUGUUAAGUUAAUUUCAUUGAUUUAACACUUUUUUUGUAAUUAUAUUUGAUUUAACCUUUUUUGUGUAUUUUGUGAACGUCUUUUUCAUGUUUACGUAAAGUUUUAGUUGUGUCCCGCCGAUACCCCGAAAUAAAUGUUUAUGUCAUUGUAUUAAAGAGUUUCUUGAGGUAAUAAAACUCUUCGAGAAUUUUGCGGAAAGUUGCGGAUGUGCUUGUUAUCGUUAAUAUACUAACCCAAUCUCUUAUUUUUUCAAAGUCAAAUUUGCCAACGAAGUCUCUGUUUUGCCUUUUUAUUGUGCUGUCUGUGUGAUUUUGUCUUUCGUGUAUGUGUAAAAUUUUCAAUGCUCAUUUAAUUAAUUAUUUUGUCAUUUUUUCUGUGUAAAUUUGACUUGGCUUAAGACGGCGAUUUGUAUCAGUGUGUGUUUGAACGCCAUCACAUUUUUAAUUUAUGGUGCACAAAAAAGGGUAUCUAUACAGAAAAAAUACAAGAAAUUAUCACUGCUGUACGAGAUGAAAUUAAGACUAAAGGCUACAUAGUUGAAUUGACCGAACAUAUGCAAUGUAUUCCAAACCUUUGUAAACAAAUUGCUGAUUAUUGGACACGCUAUGAUCGAAAGAAAUCGUCAGUACUCAAAUAUAAGUCUGAUUGGCUGAAUCAAAACGAAUCAAUUCCAGUGAAAAACAUCUCUAAAAAAUAUCAGCAAAGGGUACAAAGUCCACAUCGUGGACGUCAAAAACUUGAUUUUGAGGAAUCCUCGGCGAGAACAAAGCGACGGCGUAUAGCUCAUCUGGCCGAAUUAGACGAAUCUGCUAUUUCUUCGUUACGCACUGAAUGUGAAAUGAAAAAUAUAUUGCCAGCAGAUCCCGAUGAGGUAAUUUCGCUAUUAAUGGAGACCGCUAUGUCUAAAAACCAAUAUUUGCUUAUCAGAAACUUCGUGAACAGCAAAAUAUCCUUUGAUUUUUUUCCAUGCUAUAAACGUAUAUUAAAUUCAAAGAAAAAGAGAUACCCUGAAAACAUAUCUGUAGACGAAUCUCACGCUGAAGUUGAAUUACAAAGUUUAUUAGAUAAUACAGCGUCGAGUAUUUUAGAGCUACAGGCUAAUGUUGUGGAAACAGUCAAUGACGAUUCUAUUGAAAAUUUGGUGUUAAUUGGAAAAUGGGGAUUUGAUGGAAGUACAGGUCAUAGUGAAUACAAACAAAAAUUUUCCAAUAAUGAUUUAGAUGACAAAAGCUUGUUUGUGACAUCCUACGUACCACUUCAACUUAUUUCAAAAUCUGGCAAUAAAAUAAUUUGGAAAAAUCCCAGGCCCUCCUCAACGCGUUACUGCAGGCCAAUACGUUUCCAGUUCCAAAAAGAGACAAGUCAACUUUCUAUCAAUGAGGAGAGAUAUUUUAAAGAGAAAAUAAACCUUCUAAAGCGGUCAGUGAUUUUUAUUCAUAAUAGAAAUAUAAACGUUGAACAUAGUUUACAACUGACUAUGGUGGAUGGAAAGGUAUGCAAUGCCUUAACUGAGUCAUCUUCUGCCAAAUGUUACAUUUGUGGUGCAAAUCCAAAAGAAAUGAACGAUUUGGACAAAUGCUUAAACAAAGUUGUAAACAAAGAACAUUUCGAGUUUGGUCUUUCUCCCCUUCAUGCAAAAAUACGCUUCUUUGAAUACUUUUUACAUAUAUCUUACAAGUCCUCCGUCAAGAUGUGGCAGGUGAGAGAUCCGGAAAAAAAAUUGGAAGUAAUGAAAAGAAAGCAAAAAAAUUCAAAAAGAAUUUCGCGAAAAAAUGGGAUUAAUAGUUGACAAGCCCAGAGAUGGGGGUAGAGGAUCAUCAAACGACGGAAAUGUCGCUAGAAAAUUCUUUUCUAAUCCAAAAUUGGCAUCUGAUAUUACAGGAAUAGAUGAAAACUUGAUCCAUCGUUGUGCCACUAUACUUCAAGCUAUUGCAUCGGGCUACAAAAUUAAUGCCAAGAAAUUUAAUGAAUACGCUUUAGAAACUGCCAAGCAACUGACAAAAAAAUAUUCAUGGUACUAUUUGCCGGCUACAGUUCACAAGGUAUUAAUUCAUGGAUCUGCAAUUAUAGAACAUGCAAUUAUAUCAAUUGGAGAGCUUUCCGAGGAAGCUGCGGAAUCAAACAACAAAGAAAUUAAAAAAUGUAGACUUUAUCACAGCCGGAAAAUGUCACGGAUUAUUACAAACACCGACAUUUUGAAUGCACUCCUUCUACGCUCCGAUCCGUUUAUAACCGGACAGAGGGACCUUGAGAAAAAGGAUAAGUCAACUUUGCUUGAAUCUGUUUAUAGUUUGCUAGAGGAAACAUUGUAAAAUUAAUAAUAAAGUAUUAAAUUAA